GCUUGUAACUAUAUUACCUAAAAUUAGUAAGGCAAUGGGCAAAGUUAAUCUCAGUAAAAAGCUUGGAAGGCAAAGGCAGCAACUCCUCCAAUACAACGGAACAAUAUUUCCCAGCUCUCAUGGCAUCUAUAUUCUAGGUCCAAUCCUGAUGCGCUCCUUAAACAAGCUGGAAGCCAUUAUUGAUGCAAAAAUGAGUCACCUAGGUGCUCAAAAGUGUUUACUACCUUUUCUAGGCAGUAAAAAUUUAUGGGAGACUUCUGGUCGCUGGUCAGAAAUGUGUGACAUAUUAUUUAGGGUCAAAAGCCAUUCUGGAAAUGAAUUUUGUCUACAGCCAACGCACGAAGAAGAGAUUACUUCUUUUGUCUCACGUUUGAAUCUCCCUAAUUCCAUCCUGCCACUAUUAUUAUACCAGAUUUCGACAAAGUUUCGAGACGAAAUUCGUCCCAAAAAUGGCUUGUUAAGAACUAAAGAGUUUAUUAUGAAAGACUUAUAUUCUUUUCAUUCCGACAUUACUUGCUUAAAAAAAACAUACCAUGAUGUCUGCAAUGUGUAUGAAUCCCUUCUCCAGGAUCUUGGACUAUCUUACAUAAAAGCACUUGCUAAUGCGGGUUCUGUAGGCGGAAGCGUCUCUCAUGAGUUUCAUAUCACUUCAAAUAUUGGCGAAGACACCUUGCUUAUUUGCGAAAGGUUAAUUUUAUUAAUUGCCGCCUUAUUUAUUAAAGAUGCAACUUUAGAGCCAACAAAGACAUUUCGCCGGUUCUUGCGUCUUCAUUUAAAUGUAAGCACACGGAUUGCCCUUCCUAUUUUAAGGAGACACCUUAUAUGCUUUCAUUUCAAGGUUGGACAUUGCUUUAUUCUAAAUGACACGUACUCUAAACCGUUUAAUGCACGACAUUUCUCUUCCGGCGUUUAUCGGUGA